GCUGUUACAACUCCAGAGCAAAUAUAGAGCCACUGCAGAGUAACACAAUUGUUUCGCCGGACCCACCCUCAGAACCCUGCUGGUUCUGCUGAUCCACAAAGAUCUGACGAGUUCAAGGGGGCGAUUGCAAAAUUUCAACGGGGGCGCUCAGGAUUUUUGCGUAUCUAUUACACUGGGGCGCCCGCACACCCAACACAAGCUUUAGUUUCUGGUGUUGGUAUCGUUUGUCUGCCCUCAGUCAGUCAACGACGUAGGAGUACACAUUCAUGCUCUCACAGUCACUGAUUGAUGAAGUGACUGGUAUGAUGUGAUGACAGCUUAAAGAAAUCUUAUAACUGUGCGUUGCAAGACAUUGGGGCCAAAACUAUUAAUCAUAGUGAUAAAAACAAAACGGCGUAGGAAGAUAAAAAGGGGAAAUGAAUGAAGAUCACCAAAGUAGCUCUGGUUGCUGCUAAUUCUUCUUUGCAGCUUGCUGUCAAUCACUCAUCACGCAAUCAUCCUAACCUCGUUACCUUCUUCAACAAAUACGUGGACACCACUAAAGUCUGGUCAUGGAAUUCGGUCAUUGCCGACCUUGCUCGCGGUGGGGAUUCGGUCGAAUCCCUUCUUGCAUUCUCCGCCAUGAGAAAGCUCUCUCUUACACCAAACCGCUCCACUUUCCCUUGCGCUAUUAAAUCCUGCUCUGCCCUCUUUGAUCUUCACUCGGGGAGGCAGAUCCAGUCGCAAGCUUUUGUUUUCGGAUUUCACGAUGAUGUUUUUGUCUCGUCUGCUCUCAUUAACAUGUAUUCCAAAUGUGGUCAUUUGGACGAUGCUCAGAACCUUUUCGAUGAAACGCCUGUUCGAAAUAUGGUUUCUUGGACUUCAAUGAUCACAGGCUAUGUCCAAAACGGACGUCCCUUUGACGCUUUAUCACUUUUUAAAGACUUUCUGACCGAAGAGAGCGUAGCUGAGAAUGAGAACGAAGUGUGUGUCGAUGCAGUUGCUAUGGUUUCUGUUCUUGCAGCUUGUUCGAGUAUUUCAAACAAGAAUGUCACAGAGGGGGUUCAUGGGGUGGUUGUUAAAAAAGGGUUUGCAGAAAAUACGAGAAUCGGGAAUACUCUGGUGGAUGCUUAUGCUAAAUGCGGUCAGCUACGUUUCUCUAGGAAGGCGUUUAAUGAAAUAAUCAACAAAGACGUAACAACUUGGAAUUCAAUGAUUGCAGUUUGUGCUCAACAUGGAAUGUCUACAGAAGCGUUAGAUCUGUUUUAUGCCAUGGUGCGAGAUGCCGAUGUUAAUCACAACGCUGUCACGUUGUCUGCAGUUUUGCUGGCGUGUGCUCAUUCGGGUGCUCUACAAAUUGGAAAAUGUAUACAUGAUCAGGUUAUAAAAAUGGGUCUAGAGGAUGAUGUAGUUGUGGGUACAUCAAUUGUAGACAUGUAUUGCAAAUGUGGAAGAGUAACGAUUGCAAGAACCGCCUUUGACCGUAUGAAAAACAAGAACGUGAGGUCAUGGACCGCCAUGGUUGCCGGUUACGGCAUGCAUGGUUACGCACAAGAGGCUCUAGAUGUCUUCUACGAGAUGGUUCGGGUUAACAUACUGCCAAAUUACAUAACGUUCGUAUCCGUUCUAUCAGCAUGUAGCCAUGCUGGUCUAGUUGAUGAAGGAUGGCACUGGUUCCAAACCAUGACCCGUAAAUAUAGUAUCGAGCCAGGAGUGGAACACUAUAGUUGCAUGGUUGAUCUUUUCGGGCGAGCCGGUUUUCUUAACCGCGCGUAUGAUUUGAUCAAAAAAAUGAAGGUACGGCCCGAUUUUGUCGUGUGGGGCUCUCUUCUUGCUGCUUGUAGAAUGCACAAGAAUGUGGAUCUUGGAGAAAUCGCUGCAAAAAAACUUUUCGAACUAGACCCGCAAAAUUGUGGAUAUUAUGUUUUACUUUCGAAUAUGUACGCUGAUGCUGGAAGGUGGAACGAUGUUGAAAAGAUGAGAAUUUAUAUGAAAAGUCACGCAUUAAGCAAAACACCGGGGUUUAGUUUGGUUGAAUUAAAGGGUCAAGUGCAUGUGUUUUUGGUUGGGGAUAAAGAGCAUCCGGAUCAUGAGAAAAUAUAUUUAUAUUUGGAAGAAUUAUGUAUGAAGGUGCAAGAAGCUGGAUAUGUACCGAAUAUGACAUCGGUUUUACAUGAUAUUGAUAAUGAAGAGAAGGAAAUGACAUUGAAGAUUCAUAGUGAGAAGCUGGCUGUUGCGUAUGCGGUUAUGAACUCGGUUCCUGGUUCAACCAUUCAAGUGAUUAAAAAUCUGAGGAUUUGUGGUGAUUGUCAUGAAACGAUUAAAUUGAUAGCCAAGAUCGUGAAUCGGGAUAUUGUGGUAAGAGAUUCAAAGAGGUUUCAUCAUUUUAGUGAUGGAUUAUGUUCUUGUGGAGAUUACUGGUAAAUGCCAAGGAUUUGUGUUUUUGUAGGAAGAGAUAUAACGUUAUUUGUAUUUGAAAGUUUAACAUUAAUAGAAACAUGAUGUUCACCAACUAUUUGAAGAUCACAUACAAAGCCCUACAAAACCAACAACGUAAGGUGACGUGUCAAUAUGGGUUCGGGUUGAUAUCGCCAAAAUUUGUUGUUUGGUUUGUUUUACCAAGGUGUAUAAGAUACCAUUAAAUUUGCCUAGUUUUUUUGUACUUGAA